AGGGGUCGCCUCAGUCGGCAGUCGGUCUCUAGUCGGCCUUAUGAAUAGUCGUGUAUACAGUUGUCUCGAAAAUUUUUUUAUCCUUUUUUUUUUUAAGUGAAUAAUCCUUACCCUUGUGUACCCCAGACUGAGCUGCAACAGUGAUUGAUAACAUGAUAAUGAAAUUAACCCAGUGCGAUAUUUUUUUUAUUUAUCUCUCUUGACGAUCUUGCAAAUAUCUUCGUCCCAGACUCUUUCGCUUAUGCAUCGGUCAACAGAUCUUUUACGCAUCUUCGCGGAUAUUGUGUUUACCCUCCCCCCAAUUACUGAAUUAUAGAUAAAUCAAUUGAUGAUAUACUACAGUGUUGGGAAUUUUUGAGGGAAAAUUGUUGAUAUUAUCGCGUUUAAUCGGUCGAGCCUUGACGGUAUCCUGUGGUAUGCUAUUUCUUCGGGGAUAAGAAGAACAGGUGAUGUGCAACGGAAAACAGUGAAGUGAACAUUAGUAUACGUAUAAAUAUAUUGUAAAUUUCUAUAAUAACCAAUUGUUAUAUUACUGUGAAAUUAAAAAAUCCAAAUUAUUGAAUUUGGAAUCGACGUUCACCGAAGAAUUCUGUGUUUGGUGUGUGCGGACGCGCGCCCUUGCGCGCGCGCCCGAUUACUUUCCGCCAUCCGGAGAAGAUAAAUCUCGCGGUGGUAUGAUAUCGUGAUUAUGGGCAUCAUCGUUGUCCCCAUAAUCGGAAAUGUAUUGUCGCCCGGAGAUCAGAAAGCCAUCACUAAUGCCCAUCUGACUCUCACAAUAUUCGCCUCAUCAUCGGGCAAAUUGUUAUGCCUCACAUGCUGAACAUUCCCUAAUCAUCAGUCUCUCAUCGGCGAAUUCCCAACUGUCACCAGAUCCAUCAGCAAAUCCCGUUGGUAAUCACCGAAAGGAGCACCAACGAAAGGAUCAACAGUUCGUCGACACGAGCAAAUUAUUCCCCUGAAGAGGGCAGUCAGAAUUCACCAAUAGUGACAGAUAGGGAAGUCAGGGUGGUUCGUGGGGGGUCAGGUGGUGCGGACGCCCUGGCGACCGCCGGGGUGGUGUAUCCGCCCGCGACGGCGAGCCUGUUCCCUGGUCGUAUACCAGCGGGACAUCAUCACCCGGAGUUUACCGGCACGUUGGAGCUGGGGUUCCCACCCCGUGGCACCACCGCCUCGAUGGCGUUGGUAGCCCCUCCACCCUCAUGGACACCUCGUGAUCCAGUUACAACGAGCUUAGUUGGAGGUGGUGCUAAUCAAAAUAAUAAUCAAGGUGGUCCCGGUAGUAAUAAUGCAAGUGGUACAUUACAAGUAUGUCCACCACCAAUGCCACCAACUCAUUUAACACCAUCAGCAACCCCUGAGGACAUAACAUGUCUUGUUCCUGUUGGUAGUGUAUUAACACCACGGGAUCCCCUACCACCCAGCACGACACCCGGCAGUCAAGCUAACAGUUCACAAUCAGGCAGCUCACAGACAGACAAAUCACCGAAUAUCGAGUGUGUCGUUUGUGGUGACAAGAGCAGCGGGAAACAUUAUGGACAGUUUACCUGUGAAGGAUGCAAGAGUUUCUUUAAAAGAAGUGUUAGGCGGAACCUGACGUACUCAUGUCGAGGGAAUCGAAACUGCCCAAUUGAUCAACACCACCGUAACCAGUGCCAAUUCUGCAGACUUAAGAAGUGCUUGAAGAUGGGCAUGCGCCGGGAAGGUAUGCAUUCGGUACAGAGGGGUAGGGUACCACCUUCACAGCCCUCGAUGCCAGGUCUACCAGGACAAUUUACCCUGGCCAAUGGUGAUGCCGUUGCCUGUGCUAGUUUAAAUGGCCACUCAUAUCUGUCUUCUUAUAUAAGUCUUCUGCUACGAGCUGAACCAUAUCCAACAACGAGAUAUGGACAGUGUAUGCAACCAAAUAAUAUAAUGGGUAUUGACAACAUAUGCGAAUUAGCAGCAAGACUACUGUUUUCAGCAGUAGAGUGGGCAAGAGGUAUACCUUUUUUUCCUGAUCUCACAGUCACUGAUCAAGUGGCAUUACUCAGGUUAGUCUGGAGUGAAUUAUUUGUCUUGAAUGCAAGUCAAUGCUCAAUGCCCCUACAUGUUGCACCAUUACUUGCUGCUGCUGGUCUUCAUGCAUCACCAAUGGCAGCUGAUCGAGUUGUUGCUUUUAUGGAUCACAUAAGGAUUUUCCAAGAACAAGUGGAAAAACUUAAAGCACUUCAUGUGGAUUCCGCUGAAUACAGUUGCCUGAAAGCAAUCGUCCUCUUCACAACUGAUGCCUGUGGCUUAUCAGAUGUAGCUCACAUCGAAUCUCUACAAGAAAAAUCCCAAUGUGCGCUGGAGGAAUACUGCAGAACACAAUAUCCAAAUCAACCAACGAGAUUUGGUAAACUUCUGCUGAGACUACCAUCGCUUCGAACAGUCUCGUCUCAAGUGAUUGAGCAAUUAUUUUUCGUACGUCUUGUCGGUAAAACGCCCAUUGAAACAUUAAUUAGAGACAUGCUGCUGAGUGGUAGCAGUUUCAACUGGCCCUAUAUGUCCACAAUGUGACACUCCGUAUGGCGGCAGCUAGCUUCCGCGUAAACUUAAUUGAAUUCAGGAAUUAUUUGGCUUUACGAAUUCUGAUAAAAGUAAGAGAAAAAAAUACUGAAAGGUCAUUGAUGACAAGCAAAAAUGAAAAUCUAUUUUUAUUCAAUGCCGGAAGCCAAAAAUUCCAUCUCUGAGUACUCAAUGAAUUUAAUAUCAUAUUUGAAAUGGCAACAGGAGGCGCAGAGUGUUAGAAUAUACGUUGAAUAUGGGUUGUGUGUUGCCCCGAGGGACUAAACCGAAAAAUAAAAGAAUCGAUAUUCUUUGCUGUAGAGAACAUUUUUCAAUGAAUAAUAGUGUACGAUAUUGUAUAUUUUAUGUGGCAAUGUUACGAUCUAAUUACCUAAUAAAAUAGCAAUUGUUGUUUUUUUAAAGAAAGCUUUCUGAUUUUCUUUUUUUACACUGAGAAAAAUCCGACUCAAUUAUACGCAGCACUCGUCGCGCCGCUUUGAAAUGAGUGCGUGCGCAGAUAGAGGCGGGCCUGAGGUUAUCAGCUGAUGGUUUUGUUGAAAAUUACUAAAUAAUUUAUUACUGCAAAACUAAUGGACGUGGGAUAUUUGUUUCUACCUAAUUGUGUAGAGACUUAUUUUUCCGCCAUGCCAGUAUUUUUGUUUCAAUUACCGAUUGAAGUUGUUCGAAACUACGUGAAUUCUUGGCGUUCGCUGAAAAAUUCGCAUCUUUUAAAAAUUUUUUUCGAUGCCCUGUGCAUCGAUCUAUUUUGAUCAUUUUGAUAUGUGAUUUAGAACAUUCUUAUCGAUCGAAUGGGUAUUUUUUCAUCGACGGUGAAGUCAUUUAGUACCUCAAUGCCAAUCUCACUAGACUAUAAAGCAACAUCAACCUUCAACUACGACUUAUAAACCUCCUUUUUGAUUUUUUUUUUCAAUGUCGAACGCAUUUUGCAGUCGUCGUGGAUUUUUCUCAGUGUGUAAUGGAACGGAAUAUUAUGACAAAAAGAAUGAUGAUUUUCAGGAGUUGGAAAUUAUUGAAGGAAAUGUCGUCUAGAGUUAGAACACAUCCGGAGGGUUUGCCAUCAACAUUCCAUAAAUAAUUUGUCAACUAGAUGACAGAUAAGCAUGGGGAGGACAUCAAGUUGAGAUACUCUUAAUACUUAUGCUUGUCUGUUGUCUAAACAUCGUAAAGUGACACCUGCUUCACUCCUAACAAGCAGUUACUCAAAACUAUGUGGAGAGACUAUUCGAUUGAUACAGCGAAAAUAUAAAAUUAGAAAAAUUGCUAAGCGGCUGUAUGUUCAAGUGCAAAUUGAUAUGUCUAUGAUUUUUCCUCAGUUCCCCUGAGACUUCUAGAAAUUGCCGAAACGUUGUUUGAAAAUUCGGGAAAUUCCCCGAUAUUUCCGGCAAUUCUUUGAAUAUUCCCGACAGUUCAUGAAGUUUCCCAAAAGUUUUGACGAAUUCUUUGCUUUUUUUCUUAAAUUUUUUCGAAAACUCUUGGAAUUCCCUCGUAUUUAUUAGAACUCUCUGAAUUCCCUUGCCCUCUUUCAAAAACUCUUGAUCCUUUUUUGACAUUGUAACAAAUUCAUGAAUUUGUUGAAACAUUUCCAGAAAUAUCUCGACUAAUUCCGCAAUACGCAGAAUUUUCUAGAAUUUCAACGGAGAGCGCUAAAGAUUAAGGUUGUGUCGUGCGACAGUCUCUGUAAAAAGUUUAUGCGCUAUAAAAUGACCCAGAUUAAAUCACAAUCGUUUGACAGUACAUAGCCUCACUUAAUCCAUUACAUUAUGUACGGACAGUUAAAAUAUAACUCUAUAUUUUCCAUUCUAACUAUUCCUAAUUAUGUAAAUUUAUGAACUUUCUGUAAUUAUUCUUUGAGAACAAAACGGUCAAUCGACUUAAUAUUUUUUUGCUAUAUUCAAAGAUGCGGUUUGUACUCUAAACAAUUUUUAGUUGCAAAACUGAGCGAUUGAUUUUUUAAACAUUUGAAUCCGUGACGCUCUAUUGAAACACGUGAAAAGUUACUCAGAUUUCAAAACUUUCUCUCUCAAUUUUCAAACGGACAAUCUCAAACAUAUAGUAAUUACAUUGCAGCUAAUUUUUUAAACUAUUCACCAUAAAACAAUAAACAAAUACUAUACAGUAAAUUUUUCGUACGACGACAACCUUAACCAUCUUCCACCCUUUUUACUUAUAAUUCCUGGUUUCCUCAUUUUUCUAAAAAAAUAUCAAUCUGAUUUUCGCGAAGAAAAUCAUGUUUUUGCGUUUUAUGAUUAUUCAAUGUCUCCCAAAGUUUCGUAGUGGUGUAACCAUUUUACUGUUUUUAUAAACUUUUGUAAUUCUUUUCAGACAUGAAAAAAAACGCAAGAAAAUACUCGCACCAGCUCGAAAUUUCGUCAGUCAUUACAUAAUGACAAAUGACAACAAUUAUUAUAAUAAAUGUUUUACGCGCCAACAACCUUAAUGACCCGUUUCCCAAAAUGAUCCCCCAUAUUGGAUUUAAACCAUAGACAUAUCCACGUAAAAAAUGGAAGAAAGACAACAGCGAACCUAUUGUAAUUCGAUCAAUUCCGUAAAGAAUGGGCAAAUAUCAGUCUCUCUUGGCCCAAUUGUUUUCAACCCUAGACGUAAUUUUCGAUGUUCGGCCUUUUUAUGUAGCCAUGUAAUAUAAAACCAGAAUGUAUAAAGGUAAAUGUGAAAAUUUUUUGUAUAAAUAUUGUAAAUAGAUAAUAUUCGCAUAAAUAAUGAAUGCAUGUAUAAAAACGAAGGAAGUCCGUAUAUAAAUACACACAUAUUAUAAUUAACAAUAUUAUAGAGAAAAAAUAUAUAUAUAUGAGUGAGUCCAUCAAA